CAUAUACUCGUCUCGGUUCCCCCAUUUUCUCUCUCUAAAAAUUUUCCGUCCUUCCUCUCCGUCUCUCUCUCUCUCUCUCUCUCCAAGAGCUCGCUUCUUCAGUGAAUUCUUCUUCGCCAGAGCCAGAGAGAGCGGCAGCUGGGAAGUGUUUGAAUACAGAAAUCAUCUGGGCUUGCACGGAACUCUCUCUCUCUCUCUCUCUCGCCUCAGUCAGUGUUUUGAUCCGGGACGGUUCUUCGUUCAAUCGCCGAAGGGCUCUAUUAUAACUGCUGCUUGUCGGGGCUCGAGUGAGGUGUAUUUUGAUGGUGUCUUCAUUAGGUUAAUCUCUCCCGCGUAAUUAUCCGCUUGAAUAAUUCGAGCAGCCAGUGGCUAAAUGGAGUGGAACUCGAAGGAUUUGUCUUCUGGAAAUUUUGAAGGUCCCUCCAAGGUUCCUUCAGCAAACAUUCCAAGAAAAGUAGGAUUUGGUGCAUGGGGGAUGCCGCGUGAUCCACAUGCCUCAAAUGAUACUAGCUUGUUUUCUAGCUCAUUACCUGUCCUUCCUCAUGAAAAAUUGAACUUCCCUGAGUCCGGGAAUUUCCCUGAGUCCGGGAAUUUUGGCCAUUCUGUUGACGAUAACUUCCCGAAGCUAAGUAAGCUGAGCCAGCAACUUGAAGAGACUGAUCCACUUGAAGAUCUUGAAAAAAUUGCAAUUGGAAAUUUGCUUCCUGACGAUGAAGAUGAGCUUCUAGCCGGCAUAAUGGAUAGUCUUGACUUAGGCGGAUUGCCCAUUCAGCUGGAUGAUACAGAAGAAUAUGAUUUUUUUAGUUGUGGAGGAGGAAUGGAAAUGGACUAUGAUCCUCAGGAGAAUUCAACUAUUGGCAUGUCAAAGAUAAGCAUAUCUGAUGGCUUUACAAAUGGGUUUGGUCACUAUGCUCUCACAAAUGGUUCUGGGACAGUGGCUGGGGAACAUCCAUAUGGUGAGCAUCCUUCGAGGACACUGUUUGUUCGGAAUAUCAAUAGCAAUAUUGAAGACUCUGAAUUGAGAUCUCUGUUUGAGCAAUAUGGAGAUAUAAGAACCCUAUAUACUGCAUGUAAGCAUCGUGGAUUUGUGAUGAUUUCAUACUAUGACAUUCGAUCUGCUCGCACUGCAAUGCGUGCAUUGCAAAAUAAACCCUUGAGACGAAGAAAACUUGAUAUUCAUUUCUCCAUACCCAAGGAUAAUCCGUCAGAGAAGGAUAUAAAUCAAGGAACUCUUGUAGUUUUCAAUUUGGAUGCUUCUGUAUCAAAUGAUGAGCUUCAUCAAAUAUUUGGUGCUUAUGGGGAAGUCAAAGAGAUCAGGGAAACUCCACACAAGAGACAUCAUAAGUUUGUAGAAUUUUACGAUGUGAGAGCUGCAGAGGCAGCUCUUAGAGCAUUAAACAGGAGUGAAAUUGCUGGGAAACGCAUAAAACUCGAACCUAGCAGACCCGGUGGUGCACGUCGGAACUUGAUGCAGCAACUAAGCCUAGAGCUGGAGCAGGAUGAAUCUCGAGCUUUCCGGCACCAAGUAGGUUCGCCGAUUGCCAGCUCUCCUCCUGGUAACUGGAUACAGUUUGCGAGUCCGAUUGAGCAGAGUCCUUUGCAUACUUUCAGUAAAUCCCCCGGAGUGGGAUCUCCUAAUUCUCUACAGAGCAACCAUCUGCCUGGGUUAGCUUCAAUUCUCCCAUCUCACUCAUCUACUUCCCCAAAUUUUGCAGCCAUUGGAAAGGAUCAAGGAAGAAUUAAUCAUGUCAACCCGAUUUAUACAAACGCUGAUUCUACAAAAGGAAUGGCCUUCCCUCAUUCUAAUUCUUUUCCUGAGCAUAGUCUCAGUACAAGUCCUGGACCUGUUUUUCCUCUGGGUGAGUCAAGUCCAAAUACAUCUUCUGUUGGAACUUUAUCUGGUCCUCAGUUUCUCUGGGGUUCUCCCACUCCAUAUACCGAGAGAUCCAAUUCAUCUGCCUGGCCCACAUCUUCAGUGGGGCGUUCAUUCGUCGCCAGCAGACAGGGACAGGGACAGGGACAGGGAUUUUCAUAUGCCAGUCUCAAUAAUGCAUUCCCGAGUACCCAACAUUUACAUCAUGUGGGAUCCGCUCCAACUGGUGCACCUAUGGACAGGCAUUUUGGAUUCUUCUCUGAUUCACCAGAAUCAUCAUUCAUGAGCUCAGUAGCCUUUGGAAGGCUGGGCCGAGCAAAUGGAAAUUACAUGAUGAAUAUGGGUUCUCAUGGCAAUAUAAAUGCUGGUAUAGGCCUUCCUGGAAACAUAACUGAAAAUGGUUCUCCUAAUUUUGGAAUGGUGCCAUUGCCUAGGCAUGCUCCUUCGUUCUAUGGAAAUGGUUCCUAUCCUGGGCUAGGAGAAACCAGCAUUGAAGUAUUAGCUGAACGCAGUCGUAGUCGGCAGACUGGUGUAAACCAGAUGGACAACAAGAAGCAGUAUCAACUGGAUCUAGAAAAAAUUAUGAAUGGCGAAGACAUUAGAACUACAUUGAUGAUCAAGAACAUCCCUAACAAGUACACUUCAAAAAUGCUGCUUGCCGCGAUUGAUGAAAAUCACAAAGGGACAUAUGAUUUCCUGUACUUGCCUAUUGAUUUCAAGAAUAAAUGCAAUGUGGGUUACGCCUUCAUUAAUAUGGUUUCGCCCUCACACAUUAUUCCUUUCUUUAAGACAUUUAAUGGGAAGAAGUGGGAAAAGUUUAACAGCGAGAAGGUUGCUUCACUGGCAUAUGCACGAAUCCAGGGCAAGGUUGCACUUGUCUCUCACUUUCAGAAUUCUAGUUUGAUGAACGAAGAUAAGCGGUGCCGUCCAAUUCUCUUUCACUCAGAGGGUCAAGAGACUGAGGAUCAGGAAUCUUUACUCACAGGAAAUUUGAAUGUGUAUAUUCGUCAAGCGGAUGGUUCUUAUGCUGGGGAUUUACUGGAGAGUCCAAAGGGCAGUCUAGAUGAGAAGCCCGACAGGAUUUAGCAGUGCGCUCCCUCCUUUAGCUAUGGUAAACAGUGGCUUGAAAGCUAACUCCUGUAUAGGUACAUAACUGUACAAAAUCGGAGCAGAAAAGGGACAAGGUAACAUAACUGUAUAUAUGACAUGACCCGGAGUUUCAGGUGUCGCUUGAUGCUUGUAACUAUCUAUGAGGGACUUCGUUAGAUACGAAGUGGAGAGCGGCAUAAUCACUAUUCAAAGGCAUAGUGAAGCAUGCUGCUUGAAGAGUGUAUUUGCCACCGAAUGGGGAAAUGCUAUUGUUACCACCAUGCUAAUUUGUCUCUUCUUCUGGUUCUCUUUUCUAAUCUAUUUAUCAUCUUCAGCCAUUUUUUGAGGAUGAUUACCUGCUCUUGUUGGUACAUACUCGUAGGAUGAGCGAGCGGUACUGUUUUAGCAAAUGUACAGAAGAGAGAACAUGCCCUCUGUACUAUCUAUUUGUCUUCUGUCAUUGGCAUGCACUUGGAAAAAAUGUGUAUUCCAUCUUUGGAUGAUCAAAUGCUUUUUCGUAUUU